CAAUGACAUUACCUCAAUCCCGCGCCUUCAUAACCUCCCUCAUCACAUCUCUAAACACAUCGCCGACAUCAACCACAGCCACAUCCACAUCAUUCAAUCCUCUCAAACAAGCCACACCAGCAGAAAAGUCAACCCUGCUUACCCUUCACGUGCUAUACCCAAACGAACUGCUCGCAGCGCUGGACCUACUAGACCGAGAACUAGUCAUAAGAAUGAUGCCCCACUGUCCAACAAACCCGCCACCAGCAUCAGAAGGAUCCGAUAUUCAAAUGGAAGGAACGGCCACAGAACCAGAUAAUACCGCUACUACCGCCACUACCGCCACGUCCUCAGAAGACAAGAAUGGCAUCAGAGAUAAGGGCUAUGAUAACGCAAUCUACUAUGUUCGUUCAGCACAGCAGACAUCUUCGAAUUCACGGUUCAGGGAUCCGGUGGCGUCGAGUACGCAUUAUGAAGUCAGGACGUCGAGUUGGAGUUGUUCGUGUCCUGCGUUUACAUUUGCUGCAUUUCCUGUGGUUUCAGUUGAUGAAGAGGAAGAAGAAGGGGACGGAGAGAUUGAGGCAGAAGCAGAUGAGGGAUGGAAUCAAGAGUGGAGGGUAGGAGGCUUGUCACUGGGCAAAGAUGUGCCAAUGUGUAAGCAUUUGCUUGCUUGCGUGUUAGCAGAGAGAGCAGGAUCAUUUGGAGGAUACGUGAAGACGAGGGAGGUCAGCAUCGAAGAACUCGCUGGCUGGGCUGCUGGAUGGGGUGGAUGA